CCACACUCAGUUGCUGGCGGUAAUGCACCAUAAAGCUGGUUUGCCAGAAGAAGAAGAAGAAGACGAAGAAGACGAAGAUCCCAGUAUGCAACGCGGUCCGAUCGCGCUUUUGUUGCCGGAAAACCCUUUGGGAGAAUGCAAACACAGACCGAUAUUGAGAGGUUGGAAAAUGGAGAUGCAUCUCAGGGAAAAGAUCCCACCGGUCUUCCUGGCCCGGCUGCUGACCACUUUUUUAAUAGCUGUACAGUUGCUUCAAGGUUCCUGCAGGCUGAACUGGAGCUGAAUGCACGGUUACGGGCACUGUCGUUUGGAAAACCAGUGCGAUACACGUACAACCCGCUUGAGUAUGCCUGGGACACACACCGAUGCUACGUGGAGACGUACUGUCAGGAAGGGCAGAGCGUUCUCUUUCUGGGCAUGAACCCAGGGCCAUUUGGCAUGGCACAAACAGGGGUUCCAUUUGGCGAGGUGAAAGCAGUUCGCAAUUGGUUGAAGAUCACUGGAACGGUCGGGCGUCCAACAGAUGAGCACCCAAAGCGACGAAUCACAGGCCUCGACUGCACUCAGAGUGAAGUGAGUGGAGCCCGUUUCUGGGGCUUCUUCCAAGAGCUCUGCGGUGAAACUCACAACUUCUUCCGCCACUGUUUUGUGCACAACUUGUGCCCUCUCAUCUUUAUGAGUGAGUCUGGCAAGAACCUGACUCCACCUGAACUCCCGGCUGCGGAGCGUGAUGCCCUUUUGUCCUGUUGUGAUAGCACUCUUUGUCAGGUAGUCACUGCACUGGGCGUCUCAAUGGUGAUCGGAGUGGGCAAACUCGCUGAGCAACGUGCUCGACGCACGCUUUCAGAAGCAGGUAUCACAGUGAGGGUGGAGGGGAUCAUGCAUCCGUCCCCUAGAAACCCACUGGCUAAUAAAGGAUGGGCAAACAUAGUUCGAGAUAAACUGGAUAAUCUGGGGGUGUUAAGUUUGCUUACCAGAUGAUGAUGGGUACUACCUCAUAAAAUUCAUCCAGCAAUGCUUUUGAACCUUGUUAUUUCCAUUUUAAAUUACUUAAUGAAAUGAGACAUUGAUGGAAGAGGUCAUGUAUAAAACAACAUGUUAUGCCCAUUAAUAGAGUACUUUAUCACUUUAUUUUUUUUUUUUUUUAUGCAUAAUAUUUAUCAGUGUGUGUGUAUAUAUGUCUAGAAUUUCUAGAAAAGUUCUUUUGUAUGUUAAGAUGUAAAGGUUCCCAAUUCUGUCGUGUUUCUGUAUAUUAUGACAUUUGUGGACUUGGGAAAAAAAGGGUUAAACAAAGGAUUCCAUAUAAAUCUAAUAACUAAAAAUGUACAUUAUCAAAUUUAGCUUAAACUACUGUACAUACUGUAUAUAAGUCUUUAAUUGUAACACACUAACUAACCCACAGUGAGUUCAGGAGGAUGUUCGUAUAGAGUUCGUUCUCAUUUUUGCUCUAGAGUGGGGUGUAAUUUCAUUCUGUGUGGUUAACCCAAAUGUUGAGUCAAAUGUGUAAGUGAUGGCAGUAAAUUCUACCUCAUGUUCAUCACCA